GUUGUAGAAUUAGCAUUUCAAAGCUCAGUCCCUCCCUCUCUACCGGUAUCCCAUCCACCAUUGUUGUUGUCACUGUUCGGCAAGAUGGCGACUCCCAGGAAGGCAUGAAAAUCUGCAACUGUGCUUGAACGUCAAACUGAAAACAGCUUAUUCCUUACAUUGUUUCUGUUUAAAGUUAGCGCUUUUGUUUUCUGUGAGUAUAGUUAUUAGCAGCGUUUCCACGUCUAAUCCUGCAGCUGUAUAUUAGACUGCAAGCCCAUAUUUCUUUUCUGUUUGCGGCUAAGAUCUGGAGUUUGACAAGAUGGCGGCUCCCAGGGAGGCGUGAAGGAGGAACAACUGUAGCUAGUUGUGCUGUUACUCAUUUUUCAAGCUUAUUAGAAAAGUUUACCCCAGACCGGCACACAAUACUGCAGCACAAGUUAUUCUUGAUGCUUCUAAGGAGCUGCUAUUUGGAACUGAUAAAUUAAUUGUUUUGGGGAUUUCUUCAGGCGACCAUCUUUCUGUUUCCACCCCCUCCCCGCGCACUGGAUUGUUUUGUCGCUGCAAGAUGGCGGCUCCCAUAUCCUCGCUAUUUUUCAUUUCUUGUGGAGUCUGAGGGUCCUAUUUGAAGAGAUUUGUUUGUUGAAGUAUUGCAACUGGGACGUCUUGCAUUUGGGUAACUACUGUUUCGAAAACGGGCGUUAUGCAUCAGUGGUAGCGUUGUCUGUGGGACUCUAGCUUGAGUUUCUGAUGGCUUAUAUAAAAUGGCGGCUCCCAUGGAUUGUAGGUAGAAGUUGAGGAGUGAACAAUUACUGUGGCUAAUUGCCGAGUUUUUAAUCUAGUUGUACUUUGAUUAAAUUAUUCUUGACAGUUUCAUUGCCCGAUUGCCUUAAACUGGGGCUUGUGGCGUGUUGUAGAUCUCUUUGUAUUUGUGCCACAGGAGGGGUUUUCCGUGUGGGUAACGGAGCAGUUCUGUUCUCCGUUAUCACAGUAUGGCAUCCUCUCCCACUGGCACAGUUUCUGCCCAGACUUCAGUGGUAUUGCAGCCACGGUGGAAGAGGGUAGUAGGUUGGUCUGGGCCAGUUCCCCGACCACGGCACGGACAUAGGGCUGUCUCUAUCAAGGAACUGAUCGUGGUGUUUGGAGGAGGUAACGAAGGUAUCGUGGAUGAAUUGCACGUCUACAAUACAGCAACAAAUCAGUGGUUUAUCCCAGCAGUUCGAGGAGACAUCCCACCAGGAUGUGCAGCUUAUGGAUUUGUCUGUGAUGGAACUAGACUUUUAGUAUUUGGAGGUAUGGUGGAAUAUGGGAAGUACAGCAAUGAUUUAUACGAAUUGCAGGCCAGUAGGUGGGAAUGGAAACGGCUGAAAGCAAAGGCCCCGAAAAAUGGACCUCUUCCAUGCCCGCGGCUAGGACAUAGCUUUUCUUUGGUUGGCAACAAGUGCUAUCUUUUUGGGGGUCUAGCAAAUGACAGCGAAGAUCCAAAAAACAACAUUCCAAGGUACUUGAAUGAUCUCUAUAUCUUGGAGCUUCGACAAGGGUCUGGGGUUGUUGCUUGGGACAUACCCAUCACAUAUGGUACUCUUCCUCCACCACGAGAAUCUCACACUGCAGUUGUCUAUACAGAACGAGAGGCAAAAAAGUCAAAGCUAGUCAUUUAUGGUGGCAUGAGUGGCUGCAGACUUGGUGACCUCUGGACUCUAGAUAUAGAGACAUUAACUUGGAAUAAACCUGACUUGAGUGGUGCAGCACCUCUCCCCCGCAGUCUUCAUUCUGCAACUACAAUUGGGAACAAGAUGUACGUUUUUGGAGGCUGGGUGCCUUUAGUUAUGGAUGAUGUGAAGGUAGCAACUCAUGAGAAGGAAUGGAAGUGCACAAAUACUUUGGCAUGUCUCAAUUUGGACACCAUGACAUGGGAGGUAAUUGUCAUGGACACCUUAGAAGACAACAUUCCUCGGGCACGUGCAGGGCACUGUGCAGUGGCAAUCAACACUCGGUUGUAUAUUUGGAGUGGCAGAGAUGGAUACCGUAAAGCUUGGAAUAACCAGGUGUGCUGCAAGGAUCUAUGGUACCUGGAGACAGAAAAACCACCUUGUCCUACACGGGUUCAGCUGGUCAGAGCAAAUACAAACUCCCUGGAGGUCAGUUGGGGUGCAGUUCCUACAGCAGAUAGCUACCUGUUGCAGCUUCAGAAGUAUGACAUCCCUGCACCUCCUGCUGCCACUUCACCUGUUGCCAAUCCAGUCCCCUCCCUGCCUGUCAACUUGCCAAAGAGUCCUGCUCCUGCAGCUGCAGCACCCACCCUUCACUCUCUAGGCCAGACUGGAAUUGCACUUUUGCCCCAGGCAACCACAGCUGUUCCAGCUACAACAGUACAGAUAUUGCCUACAGUACCUGGGAGCCCAGUUACAGCUACAGCAGCAACUACCCGUGCUCCAGGUACGGCAGCUAUUCUCAAAGUUUCUGCUCCUCAUUCCAAUCCUGGAACACCUCUUGUUACAGUUCGGACAGCCACGCCAGUUGCAAAAACACCAGUUGCUAUGACCCCUCUUCCUGCUGGAGUCCGCAUGGUUGUGCCAGCACAGGCCCAACAGGGGACUGCCAUUGGGAGUAGUUCUCAAAUGAGUGGUAUGGCAGCCCUGGCUGCUGCAGCUGCUGCCACGCAGAAGAUUCCGCCGUCAUCCACCCCAACAAUGCUUAGUGUGCCUGCUGGUACUACCAUUGUGAAAUCUGUUGCAAUGCCUUCUGGCACUACAAGUCUGCCAGCAACAGUCAAGAUGGCAUCCUCUCCGGUUAUGGUCAGCAACCCAGCAACACGUAUGCUGAAGACCGCAGCUGCACAGGUUGGGACUUCUUCAGCUGUCGGGCAGAAUGCACAGUCAAGGCCCAUAAUUACUGUACAUAAGUCUGGAACUGUGACAGUUGCACAACAGGCACAGGUUGUUACAACAGUGGUAGGAGGAGUCACGAAAACCAUCACACUGGUGAAGAGUCCCAUAUCUGUCCCUGGAGGAAGUGCACUGAUAUCUAACCUGGGAAAAGUGGUUUCUGUGGUCCAGAGUAAGCCAAUGCAAACUUCUUCAGUAACUGGUCAAGCUUCCACUGGACCAGUCACCCAGAUCAUACAGACCAAAGGUCCUCUUCCGGCGGGAACAAUUCUAAAGCUGGUGACAUCUGCUGAUGGCAAACCCACUACAAUAAUAACCACAUCUCAGGCUGGGGGCACUGGAACCAAACCCACCAUCCUAGGGAUUAGCAAUAUGUCUCCUACUACUGCUAGCAAGCCAGGAACAACCACCAUCAUCAAAACAAUUCCAAUGUCUGCCAUCAUAACGCAGCCUGGCUCUACUGGAGUAACAAGCAGUCCUGGAAUAAAAUCACCAAUAACAAUCAUCACAACAAAGAUGGUGACCUCUGGCACUGGAACCCCAGCAAAGAUAAUCACUGCUGUACCAAAGAUCACAACAGGCAAUGGACAGCAGGGACUCACUCAGGUUGUAUUGAAGGGAGCUCAUGGACAGCCAGGCACAAUCCUUAGAACAGUUCCAAUGGGUGGUGUGCGUCUUGUUACACCAGUAACUGUUUCUUCUGUCAAGCCUACAGUUACAACUCUUGUCGUAAAAGGAACCACAGGUGUUACUACUUUAGGUACUGUGACAGGUACAGUCACCCCCAGUCUUGGUGGAUCAAGUGGCACAAGUGCCAGUGCUACUCUAGGAACACCUAUCACCACACUUGGUACUAUAGCAACGUUGUCAAGUCAAGUAAUCAGUCCAUCAGCUAUCACAAUGUCUGCAGCACAAACGUUGUCUGGAAGCAGUUUAUCUUCAGCAAUUGCAAUGCAGCCUGUGUCACAGCCUACUCAGGUCACACUGAUAACUACACCAAGUGGCGUUGAAGCCCAGCCUGUCCAUGAUCUUCCAGUCUCAAUUUUGGCUUCUCCCACCAGUGAGCAACCGACUGCCACAGUAACAGUGGCAGAGGACCAGCAACCAGGCACAGUUACUCUAGUGUGCUCUAAUCCACCUUGUGAAACACAUGAUACUGGAACAACCAAUACCCCCACUAAUGUGGUUUCCAACCUAGGAUUAAACCAGCAUCCUCCCUCAGUUGCUUUUCUGUGCUCAAAUCCACCGUGUGAAAUGCAUGAGACUGGCACAACUCAGACUUCUACUACUGUCAUGGCAAACCUAUCACAGCAGAACAAUACAAUAGUAAGGCUAUGUUCAAACCCUCCGUGUGAAAUGCAUGAAACUGGCACAACAAAUACACCGACAGUUGUGAACUCUAGUAGUCGUAUGUAUCAGCUUGGCUUUGGACAGAGUUUACAGAAGAUAUGCACCAGUCUACCUUAUGAACUCCAUGAAAUGAGUGCAGCAAAUAGUACUGCAGUGUCGUUUUCUAGUCCACUUUGUGAAACCAAAGCAGCUCUUGCACCUAACACAGAAGCAGCAGAGACUAGUGCACAUAAUUCUGUAAAUGGUGUAUUACAGCGACUUUGCUCCAACCCACCAUGUGAGAUGCAUGUUACUGGUGCAACUAAUUCUUCUAGUACAGUAGUGUCAAAUAUUGGAGCAUGUCUUUUAUCCGAAGGCACUUUGCAACAAGUACGUUCCAGUCCACCAUUUGAGAUUCAUCUUAGUGGAUCCAGUGCACAAAUAGCAAGCAUUAAGUCAUGUCUUCUAGGUCAGGGCACUGUACAUCAGAUAUGUUCCAAUCCACCAUGCGAGACUCUUGUCACUGGUACAUCUAAUACAUGUAGUAUAGUAACUGCAAAAAUUGUUGCAAGUCAGCUAGGAGAAAGCAAUGUCCAGCAAGUGUGCUCAAACCCACCAUGUGAGACGCACGUUACUGGUACAACUAAUACAUCUAGUACUGCAACGGCAAACAUUCGGACAAGUCAGACAUCACAAAGCAGUGUACAGCAAGUAUGUUCCAACCCACCGUGUGAGACGCAUGUUACUGGUACAACUAAUACAUCUAGUACUGCAAAUGCAAACAUUCGGACAAGUCAAAUAUCACAAAGCAGUGUACAGCAAAUAUGUUCCAACCCACCAUGUGAGACGCAUGUUACUGGUACAACUAAUACGUCUAGCACUGCAACUGCAAACAUUCAGGCAAGUCAGACAUCACAAAGCAGUGUAGAGCAAGUUUGUUCCAACCCACCAUGUGAGACGCAUGUUACUGGUGCAACUAAUACAUCUAGUACUGCAACUGCAAACAUUCGGACUAGUCAGACAUCAAAAAGCAGUGUACAACAAAUAUGUUCCAACCCACCUUGUGAGAUGCAUGUUACCCACACAACUAAUACAGCUACCACAGCAGCAUCUCGUAUUGGGACAAAUCAACCUGCCCCUGACCCUGUACAGGACGUAUGUUCAAACCCACCAUGUGAAAUGCAUGAAACCAACACAACUAAUACAUCUACUACAGCAACGGCAAAUAUUGGGGCAAAUCAGCUGGCACAUAAUGUGCUGCAGUCACAAUCCAAUGCCCUUUGUGAUGCUAGUAGCACAACUAGCACACCUAACUCAUCAACAGCAUCUAGUUGUGCAAAUGCACCUCUUCAGGGUGUUGCAGAAGAACUGAAUUUUAAUCCUCCAUAUGAGGUGCAUAAAACAAACACAACUAACACAUCAACAACAGCAACAGCAAAUAUAAGAUCUUCAAAUCAGCCCGUAGAAGGAGCUGUACAGCAAGUAUGUGUCAACACACCAUGCGAGACUCAUGUUACUAGCACAACUAGUACUUCCAGCACCGCAGCAGAAAUUGGUACAAAUGAGCAAACCAAUAAUAGUUCGGUUUGUUUAAAUUCUAAUUUGCCGUGUAAUUUAGUUGAAAACAGAGGCGAUGCAUCUGGUUCAGGAACAGUUUUUUCCAGUGCACCUUUGCAAGGUGUAAUGCAACAGGUGUGUUCCAACCCACCAUGUGAGACUCAUGAAACUGGUACAACGCAGACAGCUACAACAGUAAUAUCAAAUAUGGGUGCUAAUCAAGAGCAAGCACAACCACCAAUGCCUGUUGAUGGCCAGGGUGAUUCUGAAAGCUUGCAAGAUGAGACUGUGACAUCUGGAACCAGUAAUGUAUCAGUGACUACAGCAUCACCUGUUGUAACUAGGGCAGUAACUAUAGUGACCCAGUCUACGCCAGUUCCUGGGCCCUCAGUUCCGAUAAUUUCCUCAAUAAGUGAUGGUUCUUCCACUGAUGUUGCAGAAUCAGAGUCUGCAGCUACAGUGUCUAGCUCUGAGCAGUCAGAAACACCUCUGUCCAGUACAGACGCCCUACAUACAUCUGAGGAAAUGCCGUCUGAGACGGAAGCCCAACACCAGCAAUCACAGCAGCUCAUGGAGAGUGUGGGAGAGCAAGCAGAAGCAGUACAACUUCCUGGAGACCUCCCAGCUGCCAUGGAGGCUGAAAUGAGUCAGGAAGCAGCAAGCAUUGUUCAUGCUGGAGUGGAACAAUUAUCACUGCCUCAAGAACUGAUGGCUGAGGGUCAGCAGGGAACUCUCAUGGUAACAGGCUUGACCCCUGAAGAACUAGCAGUCACUGCAGCAGCAGAAGCAGCAGCUCAGGCAGCUGCUACUGAAGAGGCUCAAGCACUGGCCAUCCAAGCAGUGCUUCAGGCUGCACAGCAGGCUGUGAUGGUGCGUCUAACAGGUGCAGGAGAUGCAAUGGACACUUCUGAAGCUACUCAUGCUGAACUAACUCACCAAGCAGAAUUGGGACACCUGAGUGCAGAGGGACAAGAGGGUCAACAAACCAUUCCAAUUGUGCUGACUCAGCAAGAACUAGCAGCUCUGGUGCAACAUCAACAGCAACUGCAGGAAGCUCAGCAGCAACAGCAGCAACAGCUCCACCUACAACAGCAGCUUCAUGAAGUUCAGCAGCACCAUCAUCACAUCCCCACAGAAGCCCUUGCCCCGGCCGACAGUCUCAAUGAUCCCACCAGUGAGAGCAAUGGACUGAAUGAGUUGGCCAGUGCAGUGACUAGCACAGUAGCACUAUUGCCUGCCACAGCUACAGAAAGUUUAGCUCCAUCCAGUACUUUCAUCUCCCCACCGCCUAUAGCAGUUUCCAGCCCUGCUAAACUUCAGGCUGCAGCUGCUUUGACAGAAGUUGCCAAUGGUAUAGAGACUGCUUCUCUGAAACCUGAACCACCUCCUGCACCUCCCAAGCCGCCAGUGAAAAAGGAGAAUCAGUGGUUUGAUGUUGGGGUCAUUAAAGGAACAAACAUGGUUGUAACUCACUAUUAUCUUCCUCCUGAUGAUGCAUCAGCUAGUGAACAGGAUGAUUCUUUCACUGUUUCGGAUUAUAGCCAGAUGAAAAAACAAGAAUUGCAGCCAGGAACUGCAUACAAGUUUCGAGUUGCUGGUAUUAAUGCAUGUGGAAGAGGUCCCUUUAGUGAAAUUUCUGCAUUCAAGACAUGCCUUCCAGGAUUCCCGGGAGCACCAUGUGCUAUUAAAAUUAGUAAGAGCCCUGAUGGUGCCCAUUUGACAUGGGAACCUCCGUCUGUCACAUCAGGAAAGAUUAUUGAAUACUCUGUGUAUCUGGCAAUUCAGAGCUCUCAGACAAGUGAACAGAAGGCUUCUGCUCCAGCCCAGCUUGCCUUUAUGCGGGUGUACUGUGGUCCAAACCCUUCAUGCUUAGUGCAGUCUUCUAGCCUUUCCAAUGCUCACAUUGAUUAUACAACAAAACCUGCUAUCAUCUUCCGCAUUGCUGCCCGCAAUGAAAAGGGAUAUGGUCCAGCCACUCAGGUUAGGUGGCUGCAAGAGUCUAGCAAAGAUGGUUCUGCUACAAAACCUGCUGGAAAGCGUCCAGUAUCCUCACCAGAAACGAAAUCUGUUCCAAAGAAGACAAAACCUGAUGGACAGUAAUUUGACUGCAUCUUCUAGGUUACCAGUAAGCCAUGGCUUGUACUUCCAUCUUCCUAUAUACUGCAGCAGCUACCAGCUUUGUACGUCCUUUACAGCUGUAAACAACAUUGCUGCCUCCAUCACAGAUGUACUCCUUGCCACCUUCAGGGCUUUUGGGCAGUCGUGGUGGACUGGAGAGAGCUUAGUACUGCAAGUAAACGGCACUUCACCAUUUUCCAGUCAAGAAAUUUAAUACUGAUUGUUCUUGAAAAGUGAAUUGCUGGAAGGAUCUGAGUGCACUACCACAGCUUUGCAAAAAGUGUUAAAAACUUGCUGCAGUUUUAAUGAGAGUGAAGGUAUUUUCCCUUCUCUGUUGAUGAACACUUAAUUGUGGGGAGUCUUGGCAGACUUGUUUUGGGUUGCCAAGAUUUAUAAAUAUAUAAAUAUAUAUAUAUAUAUAUAUAAAUAUAUAAAUUUGCGUAAGACAGAAAAGCACUUCUUUUUUUAGCUCCCAAAAAUGUAAUGUUUUCUUCUUGAAAAGUGAGACCGGGUUUCAGCUGUCGAGCAGUUUCAGUCAAUUUAUAAUUGCCAUUUGGUGUUUGGAGAAGAAGGUAUUCUUCAAACUUCACUCUUUUUUUAUUUUUUUUUUCUAAUGAAAACUUUUUCCUGCAUUAUUUCCAAGAAAGUUGAGUUGCAGUGCAAAUUACUUGGUAGAGACUGGAUGAUUUGCUGAAGAGAAGAAAACAAUGUGUACAUAAAUGCUCUCAAAAAAGACAUGGUAUACAUCCCAGCAGUUUUUCAGCAAAUCUGGGUCAGUGAUAAAACUGAACUGAGUCAUCACCACCAUGUAUAAAAAAUGUUUUGAGUUUUUCUGUUUUUGACUGCCGCUUUGGUGGAAUGUUUUGCUGAGCAGGAUGGGACUUGGGAAUGGAUAUCAAAUCCAUGAAAAAUGAGGGUGCUCUGAGUUGUGCUAUAUGCUGUCACCAUAUGAGUGAAAAUGUGUGUGGCUAGGCUUUUAUAUUUUUUUUCUUCCAACCCUGUAUACAUUGAACACAUUGUAUUAUUUGUCAUUAGAUACAGAAAUCCAGAUCUGUUUUAAAUGUUUUCUUGGAGAGGUUGAAUUGUACAGCUGUUUAUUUUUUUUUUUUGGGGGGGGGGUUAAAAUAUAAAAUGCAUUUAGGAAUUGGCAUUGCCAAGUAAAGUCUAACUUCUACAAAUUGGUUGAGAUUUUAGUACAUCUGCCUUUUUAUACAGUACCUUAACAGCUUAUGUAUUUUUAAACGUGUUCAUGUGUUAACAUUGCCAUUCAGAUAAAGCACCAUUUUUGAACUGGGAAGGGUCCCUUUGGAUGUAAUGUACAAAUUUGUGCCCUUUCCUUUUUAUACAGGGAGUGUCUGUCAGACUUAUUGUGUUAACUUGGGUCAUUUUUUGGACCUAGUCAGGCUAGUAACUGAUAAGGACUAUUUGUAUUUUAAACUUUUCUUUUGGGGAGGGGAGAGUUAAUUCCAUCAAUCAAAUAAUGUAGUCGGGUCACUCUUACCUUGUUUUCCUGAACAAAUAAAAUAAGCAUGCAUCAGUCAUGGUUACGCUAGCUGCAGGUAAGCAAACCUUUGGUUUUGAGGGCAUGCAAAAACAAAAAAAAAAUAAAAACAUUAGAAUCUAUAUAUUUUUGUGUGUGUGUGGUUGUCACUAUUGAGAAAUCACACACCUUUUAAGAACAUUCUUUGACUUUGUACUUGCAACAUCUAAAUUCAAACGUGUGUUGGCCGAGUGAAAAUAAGGAACAUUGUUUCCUUUUUUCUGUAAAACAAAUGAAAAGUAAACGUGUGUGUGUGUAUAUAUAGAGAGAGAGAUGCACACAUACAUGCAUACAGAUUUAACAAGAAUCCAAAAACUCAAAGCUUUUUUUUUUAUAUAGAUAUAUAAACAGUUUAAAUUGUUAAAAUUUGAUUAGCUUAUGGAAAAUUGAUCUUGUUUUCCCUGAGUAGCCUGUUAUUGUAAAGUAGAGCAUGCAGCAUCUUGCAUUUGGGAGGGUUGUUCCUCAUUGAUUAGAUGCUCUGAGGUGGCAACUAGUCUGUGUGGAAAGAUAUGGUAAACGUAAAACAUUGUAGCAGUAAUUCUGUAACCUUUUUAUCAGUUAAAUUUUCAAAGCAGGUGAAUAUUAUUUAAAAAGGGUGAGUAAAGAACAAAAACGGGGUAUUAAGUCAGGUAACCCUACUACUGCACUCUGAUAGGAGUUUUUUAGGUACAUUAACCCACUGGUAGACACUAUCUCAAAUGGAUAAAAGUAAAAUACUUUUACCAUAAUAAUUGGCAACAGGUGAAUAUGCCCUUGCUUGCCUCAUAGUAAAUUUUCCGCUUCAGUGUUCAAGCCAGAAAAUUGUAACAACUGUUUGGGGGAGGGUUGUGGUAAGGAAUCCUUUAAGUGCCUUUUGUUUGUAUUAUUAAGUCACCCUAAGCAAAUCUGGUAUGUUAAGACCCCCCCCCCCCCAUUUCUGGUUAAAUGUAUUGUUUUGUGCCAGACUGUUCUCCCACUUGCAGCACAGUUAUGCCACCCAUUCAAAGACAUGUACCAGUUACAGAAACAUUAGGCUGUGUCUUUCCUCUUGUGAGAUUUAGAUUUUGCAUUACAGUUCUUAGAAUGAAAAAAAAACAAAGCAAACAAACUUCCCCAUCUCCACAUUACACAAACAUACCCAGGAAAAAUGGCAGCUACCCUUGGUAAGUAUUACUGACUGUAACCAGAACUUAUUGCCCUAAUAUUGUUCAGUGGUGGUACCACCCCUCUACUGUUUGGUUUUGUAUUAUAGUGUGUUAAGCAGUGAAAUGUGUUAGUCCUUAGAUUACUUUUGCCUUGAUUUCACUUGCCAUUUUUCUCAAAGAAAAGCUAUUACUUCCAUUGUAGAGGAGUAUUCCAUGUGACUCAAUACAACUUUAGUGCUCUGUUGUUUUGUGCUAUUUUGAACAAUUAAAGACAUUUUUGAAUUAA